GAUUUUAAAGUGCGUCUUAUCUCAAUGUCCUUCAAAUGUGCUACAUGCGGUAGACAGCAGUCGUUCAGCACGCAUUUCGAUGUCACGUCAGCAGGCCACAUUGUGUCUUAUGUUAGUGAGAGCGAGUGCUUUCCUGCUUCAGUCUGCGCAGCGUAAUGUUGUAGAAGUGUUGGAAACCAGAAAUGGCGUCGCCUUCGGAACGUGGUCGGCACCCCAGUUUUGUCCUUCGUCGUUUUAUGCGGUGGGAUAUAAACUUAAGACGGAAGGGGAACAACAGCGCGGUGACGACACGGCUCUAAAUGGUGUAAUGUUGCUGUGCGAAAAUCUAGAUGGUGUUUCCGGUGGUGAGAUCACUUCCGGCGUGGGACUCUGGGGCACGUGGUUUCCAUGGACACGUUGUCGACGGGAUGUGAAAAAUUACCUAGAGGUUAUGGUUCAGUUCAACUUCCGGGCUGAACAGGAUCAAGGCGGUGGAGACGAUACAGCCGGAAACGACAUCCAAUUUCGAUGCAAUUUCUUCGAAACCCGGACAACCGGUGAGAUUCUAAUCGCACAGGGCGGCAUGCCUUGGGGUAAUUGGGAGUGGAGCAACCAGUGUCCGCCUAAUUCGGCCAUCUGCGGGAUACAGACUAAGAUCGAGAGCUCCCAGGGCGGCGGAGACGAUACCAGUCUCGCGGACAUUAAGAUGUUCUGCUGUUAUGACUGAACACUACGCCGUAUUCUUUUCGCUCUAUUUGAAGAGAUUAAAAACUUGUGUGGGCUCUCGUAGCAUAUUAAUACAAUUUCGGUAAAAUUUCAAAUUCGAAUGAUUUCAUUACCAAGAAUUUCGAAUAAAAAUGUUUCAAAAA